AAAAUUUCUGAACCAAAUUCAAAUGAAGUAAUUUUUGGUAUAAACCUUGCUACUACCAACUCUUUAAUUCCGUGGUAAAUACAGCUGGCAACGUGGUGAUAUUUAAAAAUGAGCAAGAAAAAAAAGCUGCUGCCUUCUAAUGUGUUAUUUCAUAUGAAAAUAACACAUUAAAAACCGUCUGGCCAAAACGCUAUCGCAAAAAACGCUGAGGGUAAAAGUGUUGAAGACUUAAAUAAAGUAUCAAUC